UCACACAAAUCGAUUUUGUUACCUCUAAUAAACAAAAUCAUUAUCACUGUUACCUUCUCUUUCAUUCCCAGUACCUUUUUUCGCAUUUGCAUAUAAAAGUAAUCGCCUCAAUCAAAUUGCUCUUUUUGCACACAAAAUGACAGCGCCAUCCACAUCGUCGACUGCCGUUUCAAACAGCAACAAACGAGCAACUGUUCCCUCAAUUCGCUCAUGGCUCCAAACCUUACUAGCCACCAAAUCACGACCUCAAGAACUACGACAAACAGUGAUUACGCUCACAUCGUACAUGACGAUUAGCAUUCUCGCACUCUGUACAGUAACCACGUUGUUUUGUUUCUUUCUCGCCGUCAGUGUAUUUGACGAUCUCGUACGCAAGACAGCUCCUAGUCAGCUAUGGCAAAAGACCAAAGAUCGUGGACUGAGGAUGGUGGACUGGGUUUCCAUCCUUGACGAGGUCCGGGUUCACCUGACACAUUUGGCCGAGUUUGAGCAGGAGAAGCGCGAGUCUUGGCCUUUCAACCAGAUCGAUUCUGACAGGUUUCAUGACCUGGUCACUGCAGUCACCGAUUAUCUGCAUGAUUAUGUCCACACAAAUCGCAAACAACAACAACAACAACAACAAUAAGGCUCCUUGUUUUCGUCAUGAGCCUUGUAUACCCCUUCCCAAAGACAGGAACUCCCAUUUGCUUUACAUCAUCAUCACCCUCUAUACCCUCUCAUCUGUAUACAAUGAAACCUUUGUUUCUUUCUCGUGGGAUGCAUAUAUCACUGUCCAACUAAUGUUACAUCAUAAACAUCACCUGCUGCACUACUCUUCUUUGUUGUCCUCAUGUGAUAGCUAAAGGGGUUAUUACAUGUUGCACUGGCUGUUGGGAUGCGUAAGAAGUUUAUAUAAUAGUCAAUUUUUUCUGUUUGAAACUAAUAGAGCUCUAUGCUCUGACAUAAAUAAUCAAUAACAC